CUUUUGUUGUGACAGUUACAUCAAUGUGGCAACCCUGCGGAAAUCAGCUGUGCGGCAGAAACACUUCGAAGUUUCCUAAAAAUCACGAUGUCGGGAACUAAGGUGCUGCGCUCCUUGCUGCACGAGCUUCGCCAGGCUUCUCCAAAUGGCUGCAUUAAGGACUCACUGGCCGCACGUUAUGUUUUGGCGCAAUACAAGAAAUUCGCCACAACAGAACAACAGCAUUGCAAAGCUCGCAAUGAAGCAACCUUCCUGGGACAGACAUACUUGACCUAUCUGUCCAGCCAGCGAAAGUACUUGGAGCUCUACAAGGAAUUUCACGGGCGAGGCGAGAGAUCCGUAAGGGAUACUGCCGAUUUGGUGGGCUUCAAGCUGCCCUCAGAUCCUAAGUGAUCUACACAUGUAGUUAUGUAUGUUGUUACUAGCGUAGUGCGAUUAAAGCGGCUAAUAUAGCAAAAUCUGUGCCUUCUACUGAA